AUGGACCCUGUUGACCGCGAUCUCGAGAAAGCAGAGCGCGAUGCCUCCCCAGACCGCUUUCCUAAUGGUGACCCUGAGGAAAUCAAGCCAGAGCGUCGGCAGAGCACGGCUUCUGGGUCCAGCUCCUCUAGUAGCUCCUCUGCCAGCGUAAUUCGAGAAGAGAUGGCGAUGGCUCAAGUCAACACACGACCAGACUUAGAGAGGCAUCCAACGGCAAUUAGCCGCAUUGAAACUCACAGAACACAGCACAGCGGCACCGUUGGCCGGACCGUGACUAGCAGGGCAAGUAAGAGGCCUUUGCCAAACUUUGGCGGCGGCAAGGAAUAUCCACCGCCUUUGCCAGCGCAGGAAGAGUAUGUUGUUGAAUUCGAUGGGCCUGACGACCCGCUGCAUCCGCAGAACUGGCCAUUGUCCAAGAAAAUUUACACAGCCCUCAUGCUUGGAUACACGACCCUCAUCGCCGCCUUUGCCUCCUCGAUCUUCUCGACUGCUACAAUGAUCGUUGCAAGGACGUAUGGAGUUUCUGCAGAGGUAGGUACGUUAGGUGUAUCCCUCUAUGUCUUCGGUUUUGCAACUGGGCCUAUCCUAUGGGCACCUCUAUCGGAGCUUCGAGGCCGACGACUACCCCUCAUCAUCGGCAUGUUCGGGUUCUCGGUCUUUAGUAUUGCUACCGCUACGGCCAAGGACCUUCAGACCGUGCUUAUUACACGUUUCUUUGGUGGGGUCUUCGGUUCAUGUCCUCUCGCAGUCGUGGCUGCCGUAUUCUCAGACAUGUUUGAUAAUAAAUCAAGAGGCGCAGCCAUUACAUUGUUUUCUAUGACUGUCUUCACCGGUCCUCUAUUCGCGCCAUUCAUAGGUGGCUUCACCAUCAUGAAUCCGAGUCUAGGCUGGCGCUGGACCGAAUACAUACCAGCAAUCAUGGGUUGGUCAGCCUUUGGCCUUGAUUUGCUAUUCCUCGAAGAGACCUACCCUCCAAUCGUACUAGUUCAGAAAGCAUCCGAACUCAGACGCAGAACUUUGAAUUGGGGAAUUCAUGCGAAGCAAGAAGAAAUCGAAGUCGAUUUUCGAGAGCUUGUCACCAAGAACUUUAGUCGUCCACUGAGGCUCCUCUUCACGGAGCCAAUUGUUUUUGCUCUUUCAAUUUAUAUGGCCUUCAUUUAUGGGCUACUGUACCUAUUCCUAACAGCUUACCCCUUUUCUUUCCAGCGAAUCCAUCAUUUUAACCCUGGCGUAGGCGGCUUACCGUUUCUGGGUAUGGUCAUUGGUAUGGUAUUAGCGGGUGCUUUCGUGCUCAGUGGUCAGAAGAGUUACAUCAGAAAGCUGGAGGGCAACGGCGGAAUGCCUAUUCCGGAAUGGCGACUGCCACCUGUCAUUAUUGGUGGUGUUGCUUUCACGAUAGGGCUAUUCUGGUUCGGCUGGACGGGAUACAGGAGUGACAUCCACUGGAUCGUGCCGACUUUGUCUGGUCUUUUUACCGGUUUUGGCUUGCUCUCCAUCUUUCUCCAGUCACUGAACUAUCUUGUCGAUGCGUAUCUCAUGUUCGCUGCCUCAGCCAUAGCCGCGAACACUUUCCUACGAUCAAUCUUUGGUGGUGUAUUUCCUCUCUUCGCAACUUACAUGUUCAAUGCCAUACACAUCAAUUGGACGGGGACACUUCUCGGGUGUGUGGCUGCUGUUCUUGUUCCUAUACCUGUGAUUUUCUAUAAAUAUGGCCAUAGGAUUCGACAAAGAAGUAAAUUCGCGCCAACUAUGAGGCCAAAACCCGUUGAGGUAAUCAGUACUGCUGAUGAGGUCAAGCAAGCCUAA